UAAUGCUCUCUAUCCCCAGGAAAUGCAUACAUGGAAAUGGCAAGCAAGAGAGUGAGAUGCAGUUAUUGUGGAGUCCAAAUAAUGGUGCCUCCCUACACACAUGCUAUUCACUGUGCAGUAUGUCAAACCGUCAUCCGCAUUCAGUCCAAUGAUCCUUUGGUUCAAGCCCACAGCUCCUUUCGCCAUGGGGCAAGCAGGCUGAAGGAUCUGCUAAAUACGGCAUCCAACAGUAUUAAUAUGAUGGUAGCAACAAUGUAUAACUCCUCUGGAUCAGGGACAUCAGGUUUUGGUUGUUACCCUCAAGCCAGACCUUCACCAUCUAUGGUUCCAUUUUCAGCACACGGGAGUAAGAGAGCAGUGUUAUGUGGUGUUAGCUACAACGGCCAGAAGUACAGGCUAAAUGGAACUGUCAAUGACGUCAAGUGUAUGAGAUAUUUCCUGAUUCAGAAGCUUGGGUUUCCAAGCGACUGCAUACUUGUUCUUACUGAAGAAGAGUCGGAUCCUUCCCUAAUCCCAACAAAGAAUAACAUCAGAAAAGCCUUGAAGUGGUUGGUUCAAGGUUGCCAAUCAGGGGACUCAUUGAUAUUUCACUACUCGGGUCAUGGAUCACAACAACUUGACUUCAACAUGGAUGAAGUUGAUGGCUAUGAUGAAAUGUUAUGGCCUGUUGACCAUCAGACUGAGGGAACAAUACUGGAUGAUGAGAUCAACUCCACCAUUGUGAGACCACUACCUCAAGGAGCCAGACUCCAUGCAAUAGUAGAUGCAUGCCAUAGUGGCACUAUCCUUGAUCUACCAUUUGUUUGCAGAAUGGACAGGGAUGGAAACUAUACGUGGCAAAAUCAUGGUUGCCAGUCUGCUAUUUAUAAAGGUACCAGUGGUGGACUGGCAGUAAGUCUUAGCGCCUGUGAUGAUCACCAAGUUUCAGUGGAUACUACGGCCCUUUCUGGCAAUGCUGCAACAGGUGCCAUGACAUACAGCUUCAUUCAAGCAGCACAGAACGAGCCGGGACUGACAUAUGGUCGUUUACUAAAUGCCAUGCGCCAGACAAUUCGUGACACCAAAACAGGACAUCUAAAUGGUCCAGUUACAUCUCUCUUGAAGAAAGUUUUGCACCCAAAGUUGCGACAGGUGCCUCAACUGUCCUCAUCAGAGACAUUUGACAUUUACUCAAAACAUUUUGUUCCAUGAGAGAGCUCAAUUGUAUUUUUCCUUAUCUAAUUUCUGUGCUAAACUAAAUUCAGAAUAAAUGUAAACGUUGUACUUCAAAAUAAUCGGAUCUCCCACUAAUGGAUUCAAUUCAACUGCUGCAUCAGAAAGCAUGCAUGUAAUCGGAGUUCAUAAAAAAACGACUUCAUAUUAUAGAGCCUCGCAUUGACACAGCAAAAUCAAUCCAGCAAGAGACUCGCACGGGAGGCGUCGUACCAGCAACCUGCAGCAAUAGUAAAGGUCGGAUCGGUCGGAGGCGGGGCAAUAGGAGAAAUGGUAGAACCAAAUGGACACCACGCAUUCUUGUUACUCGUCAUCCAAACUCAGAUAUUAUUUCGUCCUCUUCACCUCAUCCAUUUCCUCAAAACUCAAGUUCGACGCACCAAUGCCGUCUUUUGCAUGGCACAGUAGUGGUAGCCCACGACAUCACCAAUUUCUUCUUGCUCCGUCUGAUGUUCUGUUCUAUCCGCAUUUUCAUCAUCUUCCUCCAUCUCUUCAUCAAGAAUGCUAUAAGAAAGAAUAAUUGAGUUUGAGUUGGAUUUAUAAUGGGUCCAGUCU